AUUCCUUCAUCAUAGGAAACCAUCUCGGCGAGUUUCCCUUGAGUUUUUUCUUUUCCAUCACUUUCCUUUCGGUACCUGGUACCACUAUCUCAUCUCGUCAAAUCAUUGAAAGGUCUCCGUUGGUCGUUUCGUCGUGCCUCCUUUGCGACGUCGAGAACGGAGACCUCUCGAGUCCUUCCCGUUAGAAUCGAUCCGCGCUCUUUCGGAGGCGACUUAUGCCGCGACUUUGAUAUCCCGCGACAGCAUGCUGUGGUCACAUUUUCGCAGGCUGGCGCUGUUGUCCUUCUUUGCUUUCGUGUUCGUUUCCAUUUGCGCCAUCUUUACCAAGCGAUUUGAGAAUCCAUGGGCUGCCGACCGACACGUCGAAGUCGCCAAGCCUGGCCCCCUGCCACCCGUCAUCAAGGCAGGCCAGAUACAUUAUCAGGAGGAGAAGGACCCGUCCCCAAGCAAAACGGCACAGGGAGAAAAUGGCUCGCCACCGGCAAAAUCAGAGGGAACCUCGACACAACGGACACUGGUUACGGCUCCCCCGCGAGAAACGCGGAGGAAAUCGAAGGCCUGGUCACCGCCUACGACACCACUAGAUAUGGAUGAGAUGCUCGAUUGGAACAGACCGGGCCAUGUGGAUGGACACUAUCCGCCUUACGAAGACUACGUCGAUUACAACUACGACCCAAACCGAUGGGAAGGGUUUCCUGAAGAGCAUGGCUUCUACCAGAAGAGUGGCGUCGAUCUUCUGCGGGCGUACGAAGCUAGGAAAUUUCACGCCGCCAACCAUGCCCAGGGCAGAUAUGCCAAUGGCGAAGUAGACGAGAGUCACAACUCGUCAUAUGCGCCGUAUCUUCCCUAUCCUGACUUCAAUGGCGAGGAAUGGCGGAGACAAUACCACGGAGAUUAUGUGCCCUGCAGAGGACCUCGAAAUUUGAAUCUCAACGAGAGCAUCCACGACGUCGUCCACGCCUACCGAUCGGUUCCCCUAGGGUUUCCCGAGCCAGUGACAGGAUCAUACGAGGCGCUGGAUCUGGAUGAGGACAUCUGUAUCGAUCGAAUCUCCCGGUACGGACCAUAUGGACUAGACGAAGGCCGAUCGGUGCGGGAAAGGGCAUCCUGGGCAGAACCUGGAAAAGUCGAUUGGGAAACCGUGUCCUGGGGCGAGCUGCAAAACGAAUGUUUGAACCGCAACCAGGAGCGCUAUGACCCGAACUAUCGGCGGUCACCGAAUAUGUCGCCUGGUGUUGCAUUGCGGCAAUCUGCACUUCGAUAUGAUCAAUUCCAAGCGGGUUACGACGGAGACGAUAAAACCAAGGAGAAGCGACAGGAGCCAGUUCAGGAGACCGGGCUGACUUACCGGCCACGGACAGCCCUUCUGAUCCGGACAUGGGAAGGAUAUAACUACCGCGAGAAUGAUUUCCAGGCGAUCCGGGCUAUGAUCAUGGAGUUGUCUCUCCACUCGGGUGGAGAAUUCCAGGUCUUCAUGUUCAUCAACGUCAAAGAUCGGGGAGCGAAUAUUCUGCAUGACCGCGCGGAAUAUUCUCGUAUCCUGCGCAAGUCCAUCCCCAAGGAAUUCCGAUCGAUCAGCAUCCUCUGGAACGAGGAGAUCUGCGAGAAAUGGUAUCCAGAAGUCGGAGAUUGGCAGGUCUACUGGCAGCAAUUCAUGCCGCUCCAGUGGUUUUCCCGUACCCAUCCCGAGUUCGAAUUCAUUUGGAACUGGGAAGUCGACGCUCGCUACACCACCAACCAUUACCACUUCCUCCAGAAAAUUGGCGACUUCUCCCGCGAUCAACCCCGCAAAUACCUCUGGGAGCGAAACUCCCGAUUCUACUUCCCCGGCGUCCACGGCCCCUCGUUCACCAAAUACCGCGACGACACUAACGCCCUGAUCGCCGAAUCCAAAGCCGCCAGCAAAAUCACCACCGUCUGGGGCGCUCAACCCGCCGUCAUCCAGCAAAUGCCCCUCGGUCCCAAACCCCCCACUACCGAAUCCGACGACAACUUUACCUGGGGCGUCGGCGAAGAAGCCGACUUCAUCACCCUCCUCCCCAUGUGGGAGCCCCAGAUGACCGGUUGGCCCUUCCGCGACAAGCUCUGGAACUUCAUCCCGGGCCACCGCCCGCAUUUCAGCGCGGAAGACGGCGCAGACGACGCGUUCACGCAUCCGGACUUCGCGGCGAUGCCGCGGCGCGUGUACAUCAACACCAUCACGCGACUGUCGAAGCGGCUGCUAGACGCGAUGCACGAGGAGAACCGGGCGGGACGCAGCAUGCAGGCGGAGAUGUGGCCGAGCAGCGUGGCGCUGCACCAUGGGUUCAAGGCGGUGUACGCGCCGCAUCCGAUUUAUUUCUCGCGGAAGUGGGAUGCGCAAUAUGCGGAUGCGGUGUUCAAUGCGGCGGACGCGGACAUCCCGGGGCGGUGGGCGGCGGGGAUGGACAGCGUUUAUAACAAGGAUCGGGAGCAUAACUUCGAGGGGUGGAGUUGGUAUUAUCGGAGCAUGUUGCCGAGGGUGCUGUUUCGGAGGUGGAUGGGGUGGAAGGCGGCGGAUGAGUUGGGGGAGGUGGGCGGACCGGAGUGGGAGGAGGGAAUUGGGGGGAAGAUGUGCCUACCGGGGGUGUUGUUGCAUCCGGUGAAACACGACGAUGUGAGACGACCGGAUGAGUAAAUUUCAUUCUGCAUAUGAUUUGCAUCGAGCUGGCGUUCGGAGGGUACGAAACUAUGUUCGAUAGAUAUCCU